AUGACAAUUGCCCAACUCAAAGAAGAACUCCAAACUCGCAAUCUUCAAGUCAAGGGUAUCUCCUGCAAGAAAAAGGAUUGGUUUUUGGAACAGCUUGGGAUCGGCACCGAGUUGCAGAACUCUGCGGAGCACAAAGAAAAGAAUGCCCAGGAAGCCAUCGAGAGAAAGGCUAAGGCUGACGCGGCUUCUACGGUAUUUCAUUGGCGUCACUGUCGAUACCACGCCCAUCCUCUCGCGGAAUCGUGUCGCUUGCAAGCCCCCAAAACGAUGAAGAAUAGCUGGUGCGUCCCAGCGCGUGUGAACUUUCGCAGUCAAGUGGGCCAGUGCGAUGUAGAACAUGAACAGAUUUGCACGGGAAAUGCUUUCAGGAGUUGCGAACGCUGUGAUUGGGACAUUUGCGAGACUUGCCACAACAUCGAGCUUUUGCCAACAGAGGAAGAAAGGCUCGCAGAGCUGACGAGACAGCAACAAGUUGUGAUUGAUCGACGUACCGGUAGGCAACAGAUGAGGCGCUCCACCGACAAUGGCAAGGGGCAGAAGAAGAAAGGCGCAAGAGAGCGGCGUUUCGCCGAAAGCUGCAAAGGCAAGAAGAAGAAGAGCGAGCGAGAGAAAAGGAGCAAGAGCUGCGGAAGUUCCCUCUGCACGUUCGCCAACCCAACGGCGAACACCUCGAAAGGAUCACAAACUACAAUUCGCGGUCUGGGCAAGGUCUAA